AUGUCAAAACCAAACCGAAACUCUUUAUCCGCUCCGCUGCUGGAUGACCGCAUUAUCUCUCGAACCCCUUCGCCCACCCCCCGUUUCCAAGCAGCAUUCGCGAACGUUGGGCAGCCGCUUGAGAUUGAUAGUCGGCCUGUCUCGACGACCUUCAUUCCGAUCGAUACAAACCUCUCAAAGAUUCCCCCGAAGAAGGCUGAGCAGCUUCAAUGGUACAUCAGGACUGCCGCUCACCUGCCAUCCAGCUUCGAUCAGUACAUCCGAAAGUCGACCCUGCCCGAAGACUCCGUUGGCACUGUCGUCGGGGCGAAGCUGAAGGUCACACCCCGCUACGCAUACGAAUGGAACGACCGGGUAUACGCGGAUCUCGAUGUGGGGGUUGAAUGGGCGCUGCACACGGACAUGGACGACGAGGGCAUGGCAAGUUGGCACUUGGGCGACCUUCACCGCUUCAAGGUCCACUACCCGAACAACGACGCCGACGCAGGUGGCUCGUUCGAUUUCCUGCGCAGCCUCAUCGUCGUGCCCAAAAAGGUCCUGACGAACGAGGGCAAGAGCAAGGAUGACUGGGGUCUCGGGACCCUUGCGGAGGCCGAUGUGGGCGAUGACCAGGACAUGACGAAUUGGGACGAACUGGAGGAGGGCGUGGACUAUUACGCAGUCAUUGACGUGCAAGACCUACCAUGCUCUGCACCGAGGGGUACCGAGAUCUGGAAGCUCACGGACGAGGACCAAUCUGCCAUCCUUGCGAGCAACACGCAGAAGAUUGCAGAGAUGUUAUCUGGGAUGUAG